ACGACGCAGCGCUCUCCACGCACGCACGCAACAUGAAGGUCCUGGCCGUGGUACUGGCGCUGGCGGCGGCGGCGGCGGCGGAGCUCCCCGCGAACUACGGCUCCCCAGACGCCCAGGUGGAGGCGGCGCCCUACCCGCCCUCCGGCUGGAGGCCCUCUGGCCGCCAGUUCCAGCUGCCCGCCAGGCAGUCCUCCAACUACCUGCCGCCCCCGCAGUACGGCCCCCCGCAGUACGGCCCCCCCGAGGAGGAGACCACGGAGCAGCCCUCCACCACGGAGCUGCCCACCACCACCGAGGUCUCCACCGAGCAGGACGGCUCCGACGAGCUCGCCGACGGCAACAGCGCCGCCGCCCGCCGCCAGAGGCUGCAGCAGAGGGAGCGCGAGCAGCUGGACAGCGGGCUGUACUACGUGCUGCUGCCGGACGGCAGACUGCAGCGGGUCGCCUACACCGCCGGGCGCGACGCCGCCCUCUCGCAGCAGCUCAGCGCUCAGGCGCCUCAGCAGCUGAGCAACGGCUACUACGCUCAGAUACAGUACCACGACGUGGAGCCGAUCCGGGCGCCCAUCUACCAGUACUCGGCGCCGCUGGUCAGGAUCCUCAAGUGACCUCGCUCCUGUCGAAGACCUGAGAUGCCUAUGCGUUAAAUUGAAGAUAAUUCAACUAAUUUUGUGAUAAUAUUUAUGUUUUUGUAUGAAAUAAUAUUCACAUGGUUAUGCUUAAAUUUUCAUCAAUUUAUAUUUAUCUAAAUAAUGUGAAAAAUGUUUGUUAGAAACGAUAAAUAGCAAGCAUUAAAUUUUGUUUAUAGUCAUUCGUAUCUUAUUACACUAUAUUGUACUUUGUAAAUUAGUUUAAUAUUUGUAAUGACGAUGCUAUAUAUUUUACCAUUAUACUAAAUUAUUUUUACCAUAACUAAAUCCCAGUUUCUUAUUUUUACUAAGUAAUAUCCUAGUUAUUGUAUUACUUUCAAAAAUAAAAUUGUAUUUUUGUACACUU